AUGAAGUUCACCAUUUCCUUAGAUCAAUUUCUUCAAUAUUAUAAUGACCAUGGAAAACAUCCUGAACUUUUAAAAUCAUCACAAUUUGAUUCCAACAAAAUAAUACAAUCAUUAACAACUACAACUACAACUGCAACAAAAAAUAAUUCAAGUAGCCAACCACAUGAUAUAAACAUUAAUGAUAUAGAACUUGAUGUUGAAAAUCUACCUCAAUGUAUGCCACCGAUAAAUCAAGAAGAAUAUGAAAAUUAUUUAAUGAUGAAGAAAAUCCAUCAUGAUAAUUUCCUUCGAGAAGUAAAUGAAAAGGGAUUACAAUUGAAGGAUCAAAUAACCCAACUUCCAUUUGAUUCAUCUCAAUCUAUAGAAUAUCUUAAAAUGAUGGGGAAAUAA